AUUGUUUAUCAGACUUUUAACAUCAUGUUAAAAUUUCGCUGUUUACUAUUUUACCAUUACAACUUUGUAGUUUAUCUUUGCACAGCUAACGAAGGGCGGGGGGGUGCAAGCUACUAGUAGGAAUGCUACUAGUGGAAAGCUGCUAGUAGAAAAACGGCGACUAGUAGAAAUCCUGCUAGUGUUUUUAGCGUUACAAAAAAGCGCGACCGGUACUAGUGACAGGCGCCACUAGUGAAGGCGCCCACUAGUGGAGCAACUAGUGACAAAAAGCCCGGCUUUGGGGAAAGCGGAAACACUAGUGAGAAAACCCGCCAACGCAGCCGGACCAAGAAACCCCGAAGGAAAUACAAUAGACCAGCAAAAGCCCGCCCGGGCCGCCUGUCAAGGAGCCUCGGUCAGGGGGCUUGGGGCUGCGGCCUCCCCUUGCCGAGCCCUCUUAGAUUCCUGGCUGGCGGCUGCCGAUUGGCUGCCCCGGGCCGAAGUCGUGCUGCAUUCUGGCGCCCCUUGCCAUUUGCCCCUUAAUGCGAGGGGUUUGGCGGCAGUUUGAGCUUUUCCCUGCCGCCUGUGGCUCUCCAGGCCGGGCUUCGUCGCAUGCCGACGGGGCUUUUCGGCCUCGCCGGGGCUGCCUGAUUUUGCAUGCCCCGCGCCCUUUGGGCCGCCGGGCGCGUUUCCGGUUUCUUUACGGCUCGCCCCCUCGGCCUAUUUGGGCGCCCCCCCUUUCGAUUCCAGGGCUUUUUGCCUCUUCCCCGGGCGCGGGCUUUGGCCUGCUUACUUUUUUUGGGGUUGUCUGGUUUCUCACGAGAACCACCCGCAGCGCCCGCCCUGCCUUCCCGCUGCCGCCCUGCCUGCUUUGCUUUGUCUUUCUCUUUGCUUGGCGCUAGCCGUGUUUCCUGUUUUUCGGACGUCGGCGCGCUCUUUUCGUUCUCUCCCCUGGGAUUGGCGGCUCGGACAGGGGCUGCGCUGUGCGCUCCCUACCGCCCCUUGUGCCUCGCGGCCUUCUCUCUACCUACAUUUCUUUCGUUCCCGCCGACCGAGGGAGGUACGCCAGGGGCGCUGCUGUUUCUUUUUUUCGCCUGUCGUGCCAGCAUGGCUUGAGGCUGUAGCGCUAGGCGCUACCCGGUAGGAACUUUCUCCCUCGCUCCCCCUUGCACCCCCUCGUCGCCGGGCCGGCGGGCGCGGAGCGCACGCCCGUUCUAGAUAUUUUACCAUUACAACUUUGUAGUUUAUCUUUGCACAGCUAACGAAAUUUGCAUUCUCGCCUGGCUUUGGGAACAGGGGUCGUUUGGCACUGGCGGUAACCAAUCCGUUACCCUUGCGAACUUGUUCCCUGGCUGGGGCUGGUGGUUAGGGGUUUCCUUCGUUCGUCCUCUGUUCCCAUCGCGGGGCGGGGCCGAGGUUUCGUCUCAUGGUUGCUUGACCAUACUAACGCUUUUCUUUCGCGUGUGCGCUGCGGUUGCGGAAAGGCCCAAGUUGGCCGGGGUUGAGUAGGA